CCAGAGCUCUGUGCGCCGCACUUGGACAGGGCGACAAACCGUUGUUUUCCGCCGCUCACUCGCCCUCUUCGACGGGUCGUUGUCAAACUUCCAACGCCAGCGACAGAACUAGGUGAACGAAUCAACACAAUACACCCCACCAUUUAUUCCUUUUCUUCCAUAGCCUCUGCCGGUCCACACAGCGGAUUCACUGCAGUCCGCUCCUCACCACGCGAGGGAAAGGCUGCGCCAGCCAUAUUAGUACCCGCGAUUUCCUAGCGUCAGCUAGUGUAUCACCACUAUUUGUGGUAGCCAAUCCCAGCGCACUUGUUCAGACAAGUGCCCUGAGCCCAUUGCCGCCCCGUUGUCCGAACAAGGACAGGGGAAGCUUAUCCCACGAGGUUAAUCACAACCUUGUAAAGGCAGACGUUUCUCGUGCAGAGUGCGUCGUACCUGCCCACUCCUGCACUCUACCCUACCACCUGCAAUGGGAGAGCUUUACGAGAGCCCCACCCAAGCCCGGGUCAAGUACGGCACGGGCCUAUACGAUGCGACCGCGCUGAGGGACGAGGCCGUCCUUCAGGACGUGAUUCGCGACCUCGAGAACGAUCUCGAGUCUUCAGUCGUCAGCGUCGGAGACAUUGUGAAGGAAUUGUGUGAGACUCAGCAUCUUCUAGAAUUUGUUCUCUCAGCCGUGAACGACUUUAAUGCGAAGAGGAUGAGAUAUUGGCUUCUGAGCAUGCCCGACAACGCCCCUGGCUACAUGACAUCGACAGCACGACGAGCAUUGGGACGCUUUUCGCUAGGUCUUCUCUUCUUGACCUUCCCCUCGACUCUGCGGGCCGACCCCGCGGUCAUACGAGAGAAUCAUCAAUACGUUCAACGCGUUACUGCGGUCUUGGAGUCUUUGACUUUACAUGACUUCUCUCGCAACGACACAGCCGAGGAUGACGUGGAAGUCGAUGAGGGGGUCUUCAUCAAAGUUGCAAGCUCCAAGCAGAAGAAGAAAAGACGAUCCAAGCAACCUCAAUUGAAGGCGAUAACAGAUGUGAGGCCAUUCACAGACCUUGGCAUCCAAGUUCCGGCGAGCCGGGAGGAGGCCGAGGCUGUCGGGGCCAGUCUCAUCAACGAGCUGAAAGAGAGUAUGAAGUGGUACCUGGAGAUCUUCAGCUUGCCUGAGCUGAAGGAAACCCUCAAGCGGGCGUACAUACCUCUUGAGGAAACCGAGAAGGAUGGGCCGGAGUCGCCGGAGGCAUCUGCGGAAGCUUCUACGUCAGAGAGCAUUGUCACUGAGGAUGCUCCUGCGGCGUAUCCCAUGGUUCAGCCCAUGAAGGCAGCACUUUACUUCGACAACGCUGACGGUUUUGGGGAAUGGCGCAUCCUGAUUUCGACCCGGGCCGACGCCGAUCUACGCCAGCUGCGCAAAAAGAACCCCGCACUAUUCGAGAUUACCUUGAACAAAAUCAAGGCCCUCUCGACUGGGCACUUCUCCCAUGAUAAUCAGAAGCAGUUGACUGAUGCCGCGCAGAUUCCAAUCUACGAGGCAAAGAUGACUGGUGACUCCCGGCUCGUUUACCAAAUCGACUGUAUAUCUGAGUACGAGUGCGACGUUGAACGACAAGUCAUCAAAGUCUUCGGGAUCUAUACGCAUGCGCAGAUCAACCGUCGGUUCUGGGACGGAGUCGGUCAUCAGCUCUCUCGCAGAGGCAAACAGUACAGGGACAGAUGCAAAUACCGCAGCCGACCGACCAAGAUGGGCGAGCACGCCCAUGUUAUUCUUCCUGCAACCUUCCCGGCACCUCUGGAAGCCCCGAUUUUGUCGCCCUCUUCGGCGCUUCCUGACUUGCAUAAGGACGAUCUUCAGAGGAUGCACGAGGUUUUGAUCUUGGAGAAAUACGUCACACUCUCCCAGGCAUUCCUCAACAGCAUCCUCGCAGACCAGGAUGUAGUCCACGUAUUCGAUGUUUCACCUCAAGAGAAGCAGAUCAUAGAACACGCUGGUUCCUGCUAUGUCCUAGGAAGGAGUGGUACUGGGAAAACAACCACCAUGCUGUUCAAGAUUCUCGGCAUCGAGCGGUCGUGGAAUGCGCACAGGGACACGUCAGCCAAGCCGCGUCAAGUCUUUGUCACGCAGUCGCGAGUUCUGGCGGACAAAGUGCAAGAGUACUACACGCGGCUACAGGAAUCGCUGUCGUCCGCGGACAAGGCGCCCGAAGAGCUCAGGGAGGCCCUCACUAGGGCGGCAGAGCAGGAUCAAGGACUGGUCGAUCGCGACGAAGAAAUCGAGCGGCGCGAGAACCUCCCAAAGCGCUAUAGCGAGCUCGAGGAUGAGCAUUUCCCGCUGUUCAUAACGUUCCAUCAGCUAUGCCGUCUACUCGAAGCGGAUUACGCGAAUUCGAUGAAGGACUCGCAGCAGGCACUAUUGCAAACUAUCGCGAGCAUAUCCGGGGCUGUAGAUGGGCAGAAUAUGUCGACUGAAUACGUGCAACAGCGACGUCAUGGUCCCGCCUUCGUCUCUUACGACGUCUUCAUGAUCUCUUUCUGGCGGCAUUUCCCACAGCCACUGACCAAAGGAUUAGACCCUGCGUUGGUAUUCGGGGAGAUCAUUGGCGUCAUCAAGGGUUCCGAGCAAGCCCUGAGUAGCGCGAAAGGCUUCUUGGACAAAGAUGCGUACUUCAAUCUGAGUCAUCGUACGCAAGGAACGUUUGCUAGUCAGAGAGAGACAAUCUACAAGCUCUUCGUUGCAUACAUGAAGCGAAAACGAGAGCGCCGAGAGUACGAUGCUGCUGAUCGGACGCACGUCUUACUCAAUGCAUUGCGUCAGUACGGCUUGCCUGGCAAGCAAAUGGACUUUCUAUAUAUCGAUGAAGCCCAGGACAACCUACUCAUCGACGCUUUAGUCAUUCGUUCGUUGUGCAGCAAUCCCGAUUCUGGUCUGUUCUGGGCCGGUGACACAGCGCAGACAAUUGCAGUCGGUAGCUCGUUCCGGUUCGACGACCUCAAGUCGUUCCUCUAUCGCAUCGAGAAUGCCGGAUCGUCAUCACCAACAAUCCGCCCACAGCCACGGGCUUUCCAGCUCGCCUUCAAUUAUCGUUCUCAUGCUGGAAUUGUGAACUGUGCCCGCUCAGUGGUCGAGUUGCUUACGAGGUUUUGGCCCCAUGCCAUCGACAAUCUUGGUGAAGAGCGCGGAAUCAUUGACGGUCUGAAGCCCGUGUUCUUCAGUGGCUGGGAUGACGACAAUGUUCGUUACGAGCAGUUCUUGUUUGGGGAUUCUGGGUCGCAGAUAGAGUUUGGUGCCCAGCAAUGUAUCAUGGUGCGCGAUGAGGCCGCCAGAGAGAAACUCCAAGCGCAGAUUGGCAACAUCGGACUUAUCAUGACGCCGUAUGAAAGCAAGGGCUUGGAGUUCAACGAUGUCUUGCUGUACAACUUCUUCGCCGACUCCACUGUCGAUCUGUCGCAAUGGCGAGUUGUUCUCAAUGCUUUGCCUGGGGGAUCCAGUGAAGCUCUCAGGGCUCCGCGAUUUGAGGACAGUCGCCACAACGGAGUUUGUCGUGAGCUCAAGACUUUGUACGUUGCCAUCACCCGAGCCCGUCAGAACCUCUGGGUCGCCGAUAGCUCAGAUAAAGGUGAACCUAUGAGGAUCCUUUGGACUGCGAAACAGCAGAUUCAGAACUGCACCCCGGGCUCCGACGUGCCUCGACUCGCCAUGUCGUCGACGCCAGAAGAAUGGGCUCGUACCGCCCGUACGUUGUUCGACAACAGGCGCUAUACUCAAGCGAUGCACUGUUACGAGCGGGCGAUGCUUCCAAGGGAGCGGGCCGUUGCUGAGGCUUACUAUUUGAGGGAGAAGGGCCGUGGUACCCCGCUGGAUGCGCGCGGAGACGACACCGAUCGUGUCGUCGCAUUCAGGCGAGCAGCAGAGGCAUUCUGGAAAUCAGCGGAAGCCGCCGUCAAGGAGAAGAUCACCUACUUCCGCAUAUCCGCGGAGUGUUAUCUGGAGAGCCGCGACGAAGUCAACGCUGCCCGUGCAUAUCGCAAUGCCGCCGAAUACACAUUGUCUGCGCAGUGUUAUCGUAGAGCCGGCCAGUUCGACAAUGCGGUCUUCAUCGUCAAGAACCAUGAGGUCGUUCCUGCCGUUGCUGACAGCAUCAUCAACGUCUCCCGUCUCGAGUACGCAAGAGGGGGGAGACUGAAACAGGCAAGGGAACUCUUUGAGUCUGACGAAGAGAUACUGGAGUUCCUCGACGACCGUGGACUCUACGUAUCGCAAGUGGACCUCCUCGAGGAGCUUGGUCAGUUUCGACAGUUGGCAAAGUUGCAUCUUACCCAGGGCCACGUGCUGGAGGCGAUCACAGCAUUUCUCAAAGACAACGGCAACCCUGAUUCGGCAAAGCGUGCAUCUCAAUGCAUCCUCGACGGAGUCUGUCAACUACUAUCCUUCGGCGUGGCCACAAACUCGGAGUCGGUCAAAUCGAAUGCUACUCUACAAGAACUACUCCGUCGACUGGAGGCUCUCGACAUUGACCACCUUGAUGAUGGCAUGCGGGAUGAGGUUCUGAUGUUUCGAGCUAUUGCGACGACUAGCCGGCAGCAACUUCUUUCACUCGGCGAACGCUUCCAUCGUUGGCACAAGAAUGAUGCCGCAGCACUUCUGUGCCUCGAUCAUGCUUUCUCUGGCCCAUUGAAUUUUGAACACGCUACUCUGCUCGAUAUGGCGACUGUUCUGAAGUACUUCCAAUUGUACGCGCAAUUGCUCUGGAGCCUCGCAUCUCAUGCGCAGCCUUCCAAUACACCGGAGAUCCGCCGCCUCUUCGGUUUCGUGCCUGAGACGGACUCCGAAGACUUCUUUGUUGUGCAGAAGGAUACCCUCCUAUAUACCUUCUGCAGCGACUCGGAGCGCGUAGCCCCUUCCAUCCGAUCUCGUGAAGAAGGCAUUGCGGUGCUUCGCUCGGAUCUGGAUCGCGUGCUGCGUGGAAUCCUACAAGACCGUCUACGCAAGAGAGUCGUGGGGGAGAAUGAGCUGUGUCGUAAUGCACGGGUGUUUCGUGUAUGCCUUGCGUAUGCUGCGUUCGGUCGCUGUCCCCGCAUGGAUCACUGUCCUCAAGUCCACGUUGCUGCGGAGAUGUUCGACACCGACCUCUACAACCUGCGGGUCAGGAUCUGUCUCCAACAGAUUCUGAUAUACAAUACUGUAUAUGCCGUGGAAUCGUUCUACGAGCAAGCGCGCCACAGGCGGUUUUGGCUGCGUCUUCUGCACGAAGCCCUGGAGCCGUCGUACUACAAGAUGGGUUCAUUGCCGAAUCUUCAAGCGGCCUCUCUACCAGAGUUCGAAGCCGCCAUACAAGUCGUACGCAACUGGACCAUUGACUGGCUCUAUUCGGUGCAUCUACGCACAAGAGAAUCCCCGCUGACGUUCCUUACGUCUAUGCUUCACAUUGUGUCCUUAGGUGUUGCAUUCGAUCACAGCGUUCUAGGUAAUCACCUCCCACGCGCCUUCGCCUACAGAGCGUACAGGCCCAUCCGACUCAUGCGAGGAAGAGGUGAUAAUACCUCCUAUGUAGUUCACGACAUGUGUAGGUUGAUGAUGAACGACCAUCGGGCGUCUUUGACCAGCGGUAUUUUGUUCCUGAAUCACAUCUUGGAGAAUCGUCUGGCAGUCGAUAUCGGUGUCCUCUGCAACUUCAUGGAUCAUCUUUGCACGUUGCUCACAGUGGCCACCGGUCUCCAGAGACGUGGCACCCUCCAUGACAUCACCCUACCGCGUACUUGGCUCCAGCGAAUCGCCGAAGAUUUGCCUUCUCUGUACGAGAGGAAAAUCAUGGCGUUCUACCUGUACACAGGUCCAAUGACUGCUCUGCUGAGGCAGCUGUACACGGGGGUUGAUGCAGACCAUCUUCUGUAUGAGAACCGCAAUAUGUCAAAGAUCGGAUGGCAGUACAAGAGCAUCUACAUAGCACGGAUCUGCCAAAAUCUCUGCUUACUGGCUUACAAUUCACCCCAUCUAUCUCUGAAGACAGAUGUGCACAGAAUCGUUACGUCGUUGCGGAGGUACGACGGCAGAUUCGAUAGCAUUUACGAAUGCUACGUGACUGCUCCGUACUGGGAUACACUCGCGAGGGACGUUCGCCAGUGUGUAGCUGGCUCCACAAUGGACGAGAUGAUCCAAAUACACGAAGCCAAGUUAACAAAUCAUUCUCAACCUUUCCCCGGCAUGCGACGUAUCAUCUACAACGAACUCGCGGAUAUCCCCAUACUGCUGGCCUCGGGCGCAACCUCUCUACCCAAAUCUACCCUACGAGUCGACGCUGCGCCGUUCGUCCCAUCGCAGAGUUUCUUGACGCAGGCAAAUAGCGAGGGUUAUCACGACAGCACGGAUGCCCACGAUGCUAUCCAUGACGAGGUCGACGAAGAAGAGAUAGCCCUCGCAAUUCGCGAUGACAACGUAUUGUCAAGUCAGCCGACCGAAGACGAGAUACAGGCAGCGGAUGUCAUCCGUAAAGCCUACCUACAGCACCGUUCUCGGGCCAAGCAACGCGCGGCAACACAGCCAAAGCCUCUGGAGGGCAUUCGGGUUCGAAUCACUAACUCGUACCGCACAGCCGCUAUGAGCAUGGAAUGGCCGUACAGAUACUACCGAAUGCUGUUCUUGGGGCCGAUACCUCACGCCUUCUUCUGUCUGGAGCGCGCAAGGCACCAUAUGCACGAGACCAAGCGUCAGGCGAAAAGACGUCUGGUGGAUGCCAUCCAUCUAGAGCUUGAGGAGGUCGACGGGAAGCUGACGACAUGCUCGCAACAGAUCAAGGAAGUCACUCGACUGAUCAAUGCGCUCAAGCCGGAUGCUGAGCUGCACAAGAGGCGCGACCUAGAAGAACUGAAAGUACGGAUUCGCGAAGUCCAGGCCCUAGCAGAGAAGUUGCCCAAGGGCGCCGCAACCGAAUGGGAACAUGAUCUCGAGUUGGCAGUGAAGGCCAUCGUCACGCCGAGUCGACCUUCGGCCCCUCUUGCGAGCAAGCCCAAGCCUAUCCUGAACAUGGACGACGACGAUGACUUGGUAUGUUAUGACGACAUCGCGUAUUCUGCCGAUGAGCUAGUAUGAUUCCCCGUGCGACAUUCGACGUGAAACACCUCCCAGGUCUGAGCGGUACAUGACUCAACUACGGCUCAAAGAGAAUCUAUCUUGAAGGAAUCUGCACCUAGUACACAUCUCACUGGUUUUAGAAUGCGACUUAAUUGAGCUCAAUACUAUCUUGAGUCGGCGCUCGAUGAUACGAACACCUUGUUGAAACGUUGAACGUUGAAGGCUGACAGAUCAUUCUCGACUUUGUCCGUUGGGUCGGCACUCAUACGAGCGUUGAGACUGCAGCGCAAGUUUAAAA